AAUCUGCGCAAGGGAAAUACAAAACAACUCGGUCUGAACCAGACAGGAACCCACGUGUCCGAGCCACCGGGGAAGUACUGGACCUGCGGCAGGGUGCAGCUAGCAGCUAGCGAGAGGAGUGUUAGAAUUUCUAUAUCUCACCCAUAUACAUAUUUAUCUGGUUUGACUGAACUGUUUUACAUUACCACGCUCGGGGACAUUUUUUUUUCCCGAACAUGUCUUCGUUCAGGAAAGCGCUGAAAUCGCGACAGCGGAACCACCACGAGAGAUCUCAGCCUGGUGUCAGGAAACACUUGGGUUUGCUGGAAAAGAAGAAGGACUACAAACUACGUGCAAAUGACUACCACAAGAAACAAAACACGCUCGCUGCUCUGCGAAAGAAAGCCCUGGACAAGAACCCAGAUGAGUUCUACUUCAACAUGAUCAGCUCCACGCUGCAGGAUGGAGUUCAUGUGUCGAAGAAAGCCGACGGGGAGGUGGAGGUGACGGAGGAGCAGAAGAAAGUGAUGAGGACACAGGACAUCAAGUAUGUGGAGAUGAAAAGGGUUGCAGAGGCCAGGAAAAUCGAGAGGAUGAAGGGAGAGCUCCAUCUUCUGGAUGCAGAUAGCAAACAGAAAAACAAGCACACAUUCUUUGUGGAUUCCAAGAAGGAUGUGGAGUCGUUUGACCUGGCAAAUCACCUCAACACAGUCCCUGAGCUGGUGGACAGAGUGUACAACAGGCCAACUCUGGAAACCCUGGAGACCAAGAGCAUCCAGGGAGCCGUGGAGCCUCGCAGUGUGCGGAAGUUUGCCAGGAUGAGGAAGCACCAGUACAAGAUUCUUUCCCAGAGGAUUGACAGAGAAAAGAAAAUGUUUGUCAUCAGCCAGAAGAUCCAGACGCGCAAGGAUCUGCAGGAUAAGACUAAGAAAGUGAAGGUAAAAAAGGAGACACCCAGUGCGGCCGCUAUUUACAAGUUUGAGACCAAGAGGAAACGCUGAGUGGGGAGAGAUCAUCAUUCAGGGAAGAAAUCAACAAGCAGACCAUAGAUUGCAGAGAUGGGACAUUUUUUUGUCAAAUUCUGCUGCAUCUGUGUAAUUUUGUACAUAUUUAUCAAAUACUUUUAGUUUCUGUCAAAUAAAUAUCAAAAGAACA